AUGAGUGAGAUGGAUAAAAUGGAUGUAGAUCUAGAGGAUGCCGGGUCUGAGGCUGUUCCUGGUGAAGUAAACACAGAGGCGGCUGAACAAACUCCAAAAAAGAAGCCUAAGAAGUUUGAAAUCAAGAAGUGGACCGCUGUUGCCUUCUGGUCAUGGGAUAUAGCUGUGGAUAACUGUGCUAUCUGCAGAAAUCAUAUAAUGGAACCUUGCAUAACGUGCCAGCCUCUAGCGAUGACAGAUACAGAUACUGAAUGUGUAGCAGCAUGGGGAGUUUGUAACCAUGCUUUCCAUUUGCAUUGCAUCAAUAAAUGGCUGAAAACGAGAGAUGUGUGCCCCUUAGACAAUCAGCCGUGGAAAUUAGCUAGGGUGGGGAGAUGA